AAGAAGAAAUGACUCCAGCUUCGGAGCUUUAAUAUUAUCUUCCUGUUACUGAGUACAGGACUAUAUAAGCUAUAACAUGAUAAACACUCAUAAAUUACAGAAACCUGAAUUGUCUACUGGAGAUUUUGACCAUCUGCUGUUGUUUCUCUGCGGCGCCUGAGGACUCGACUGAAUCACCAGCUAGCAGGCUAACUAAUGUCAGCUCGCGCGCUACACUGAGCUCCAGGCUGCAGGUCUGUGUGUGUCUGCACCCAACAGUCUUGUAAUAGUUAAUUACGCUACAUUGUAAUGAACUCCACCGAAAAGAUGGACAUUUUCACGGAAAUUACAUUCGAUUCAAAUUACGAAUGGUCGUCGGGAGAGGACGAGGAGAAGGAAAAAAACCAUGAUACUUCUGUGCAAACCUCCCGGUGUGCUUAUAUGACAUCAGCCGACCUCGACAAAUUGGAGCAGAGCAAAAACGAAGCAAACACAAUCAGGCAAACGGCAUGGGCUUUAAACUGCUUCCAGACGUGGCUGAGUCUGAAAGACAUCAACGUCGACUUUAAGUCCAUUACAAAGACCGAGCUGAACACUGUUUUGAGGCAGUUUUACGGCUCCAUCCGGACAACUAAAGGGGAGCUCUACAGCAUCAGCAGCUACCUCGGACUCCGGGCUGGUUUAAACCGGUACAUCAACGAGCCUCCGGUCAGCCGUUCAUGGAAUUUGAUGCAGGACCCGGAAUUCACACCGGCGAAUAACGUCUUCAAAGGUGUUCUUAAAGAGAUCAGAAGGGCAGGGAAAGUGGGAACGCACUACCCUCCGAUCUCACCCGAAGACCAGCGCAUCUUAAAAUACUCUGCCUCGCUAAAUCCAGACAAUCCAAAGGGUUUGCUGAACAAAGUCUGGUACGACAUUCAGUUGCACUUUGGACGCAGGGGCAAAGAGGGGAACCGGGUUCUCAAACCCGACUCAUUCGUCCUGAAACGCGACAAGAACGGAGCACAUUAUUUCACCAUGGCGUUCAACGAGGAAACGAAGAAUCACAAAGACACCCUCGAGAGAGACAGGGACAGCCAGAAGGGCGCCAUGUUCGAAGAGCACGGAAAUCCCCUGUGUCCUGUAGCAUCUCUCAAAAAAUACCUGAUGAAAAUUCCACCGGGGGCAAAAGCCUUCUAUCUGCAGCCCAGACGGGAAGUGGCUGCGACUGACACCUUCUGGUACACCACAACCCCCCUGGGAGUAAACCAGCUGUCCCAAAUGUUACCCAAGAUCUGCAAAGAGGCAGGGACACACACAACCUACACUAAUCACAGCCUGAGAGCCACGGCCAUGCAGAAACUGUCCGAGGCGGGACUCGAGGCAGGGAACGGGCACAGAUCUGAAAGGUCGCUCAAAAGUUACUGGACACCCACCACCGAAAGCGGGAGACGAUGGAUCAGCAUACCGUCAGAUCAAGUCGCUAACUCGAUGGAUUCACACACGCAACCAGAGCGACUCUCUGCAGACAGGCGACUUCCAGCGGACGCUUCCUCCUCCGGAUCCGCGAUAAACAGGGACACGCGGACAAAUAUCAUGGACUUCCCAGAACACUUCGAUCAGAUCUUCAAGCAGCUAAACUCCCAGCGCGUCCACGGGCAGCUGUGCGACUGCGUGAUUGUGGUGGGCAGCCGGCAUUUCAAGGCUCACCGCGCCGUCCUGGCCGCUUGCAGCACGCACUUCCGCGCACUGUUCAGUGCUUCCGAGGGCGACGGGAGCGUAAGCGUGAUCCAGCUGGACUCAGAUGUGGUGACGGCCGAGGCGUUCUCGGCCUUGAUGGACAUGAUGUACACUUCCACGCUGAUGCUGGGAGAGAGCAACAUCACGGACGUGUUAAUGGCUGCGACUCAUUUGCAUGUAAACACUGUAGUGAAGGCGUGUAAGCAUUAUUUAAACACUCAGACUUUGCCCAGGUCGCCUCACGGCGAGUGCCCGAGUCAGUCAGUCGAGCAGCAGCUGAGCAAUAACACUAACUCGUUCCCCUCGCAGCACCUUGGCUUAAAUAUAAUCGGCUCCGCACUUCAUAUAAAAUCGGAAGACGACAGCAGCGGCGCCGGUCAGGAGGCGGGGUCAGUUUCAGGAAGUGGACCAGAGGACGAAUGGUGCGAAAAGCAGACGUUCUCUCUGAUUUGCUCAGAAGCGGAGAGCUCACGCGACCCCUCACGAGCCCAGGGGUUCGACGAAGAUGGUGAAGACGGAUUCUCUGGAGAGGAGGAGAUUCUCAACACAGACUACGAGAGGAAAGGAUACAGACGGACGGCGGCACAGGAGGACGUGCAGCUGCCCAGCCAAUCAGACAGCGACCGUGCAAGCAGCGCGGAGCCUCUACUGCUGGUAGUGAAGGAGGAAUAUCCAGAUGGCGACGGCGUACAAGCGAUGGGCGGAGAAGAAGAGGAAGAGAUGAAGGACGGCGGAAGAAUGUACACUAAAACAUUUUAUGGAGCAAGGCCACGCGCCUUUCUUGCCCUUAUACCCGAAAAUCCUCAAGACUCUGAUGCUGAAAUCAGUGGCGAUGAUGACGAUGAUGAUGAGGAGGAGGAUGAUGAGGAUGAUAAUAAUGAUGACAAAAUAGAGGAUCCUGAUUAUCAGCCUACAAAAGCAGAAGAGCCUUGGGACGGCUCUUUUGUAUCUAUGGACGAUGGCGCGGUUGCCUCAACAAGCUCAUCUUCUAAACCUCCGCCUUGUAAGAAGCGGAGAAAAGGGAAAAACACCCUAAAAACCGUUUCCUUGGCAGAGCCAGAGGACUCCCCUGACCCUAGUCCACCCUCAGGCCCAAACAAAGGCACUAGGAGAAUCUGGAAAUAUAAAGAUAUCGAGACAUUCCAGGUACCUGAAGCAAGUUUUGAACCUCCUGCUGCUCUCAAGACGCCCUUCCAGUACUUCAAAAUGCUCUUCACUGACAAGAUGAUUGAACAUAUUGUUCAACAUACAAAUCUGUACUCUGCCCAGAAGUUGGGGGAUCCGGUCAAGACUAGGCCUGAAGAGAUGGAAGAUUUCCUGGCAAUACUGCUCUUUAUGGGUGUUUUCAACCUUCCAUCAUUGGAGGACUACUGGCACCAUGCGUCACGUUUCAACAUGAUAGCUGAUAUCAUGCCAAAGAAAAGAUUUCAACUCUUACGUCGGUUCAUUCAUUUUAACGAUAAUCAACAGUGUAGUUAUAGUCCAGACAGAUUUUACAAAAUCCGCCCACUUUUCGAGAUGUUUCGAGAACGGUGUCUCCUGAUUCAGUCCACAUACAAGUACAGUGUGGAUGAGGUCAUGGUGGCAUAUAAAGGCACAAGGGCAGGCACUCUGCGCCAAUACAUUGCCAACAAGCCAGACAAGUGGGGCUUUAAAUUGUUCUGCCGUGCCAGUUCAUCUGGCAUCAUCCAUGACCUCCUGCUCUAUCAAGGCACAUCCACGUUUUUCAACGUUGGGCUAAGCGAGCAGGAGCAUGCGCUUCCUCUAGGGGCCAAACUGGUGACAACGUUAUGCAAAACUAUACCCCAGCCAUGGCUUUCGGUCGUCUUCUGCGACAACUACUUCACCAGUUUCAACUUGAUCCAGAACCUGCACACGAACCUGGGAGUCAAGUGCAUCGGCACAGUGCGAUCAAACCGCAUCAGUGGAGCUCCCUUGAUGACAGACCAAGAGUUAAUGAAGAAAGGACGUGGAGCUUUUGAUUACAAGUCAGCUGAUGGGGUGAUCGCAGUAAAAUGGUACGACAACAAAUGCAUCAACCUUCUGAGCAAUGCCUGUGGGAUCAUGCCUCUUUCAGUUGUUCAGCGGUGGAGCAGAGAGGCCCACGCAAAGAUUGCCAUCCCGUGCCCAUCGCUUAUUACUGCCUAUGAUCAGCACAUGAGAGGCAUUGAUCUUUCUGACAUGUUGGUUCACAUGUACAAAACCCCUGCCAAGUCAAGGCGAUGGUACUUUCCUCUGUUUGGCUACAUCCUUGACCUGUCAAUCACAAACUCCUGGCUGGUCUACAAAAGGGACUGUGGCCUACUGAACGAAAAACCAAUGUCUCUCAAAAUGUUCCGUCUGGCAGUUGCUCACAGUUUGAAACAAGUCAACAAGCCAGCAUCCAGCAUUGGCUUGUCAUCGUUCCCCUCUCCACCACGCAUGUUGUUUCAGAAAAAAUACCACACCCCAAGAUCCUCACGACCACAACCUGAUGUGCGGUAUGACAACUGUGGACAUUUGCCACUUCACUGUGACAAGCGGGGGCGGUGCAACCUCUGUCCAAAGGGUGUGUCAAGAUGGAAAUGUCGGAAAUGCAAUGUUUUCCUGUGUUUAAAUGCAAACCAGCAAUGUUUCGUAGCAUACCAUGAAAAAUAAAGUGGAUCAAAUAAAAUCCAAAAACAUUUGUACUGUUGCACCACCAUACAGACGAAUUUCUAAUUUAGCUAUUUUAAAAGUUUGACUUUCAUGGAUUUUUUUUUAUUAGUGAAUGUAUUGAUACUUUUACCAUGAAAUGAUGUCUUAACCGUUUGGUAGAUGCCUAUACUAAAACACUGUGGGGUCUGUUAAUUUACAUUAAUUGUUAUUACGAUUGCAAAAUGCAAUGUUCUAUUGCUUUUUUUCUUUACUUUAUGAGGAUGCUAAUGCGUAAAGUGCUCAAGCUCUCAGUCAAGAAAAUGACCAAUACUUCCUUACCAAUUAUGUGUUACCAGGUUUUUACUCAAGCAAAUGUGUUGCCUUGAAUACUUGUACUUGAUGUAAAAAAAGUUCAGAAUUAUUUAAUCCAAACCAGAUUCAGUAUGCGUAAACAACUGAGACAUUAAAGCUUUUAUACUUUGUUGA